AUGAAGAGCCGGACCGCAGAUGGCUCUUCGAAUGGAUGGCCUCCCCUUACCCAUCUAUCCAAGAGUCCUCUGCCUCUGACUCUCCCCGAGUACCAGCGUUAUGGGCGUCAAAUGAUCCUCCCUUCCUUUGGUCUCGAGGGACAGCUCAAGCUGCGCAAGGCUAAAGUACUCGUCGUGGGUGCAGGAGGGCUCGGCUGUCCGGCAGUACAGUACCUCGCUGCUGUCGGUGUCGGCCACAUCUCAGUCAUGGACCACGAUUCCGUAGAGAGGUCGAAUCUGGCGAGACAGAUUUUGCAUACAGAGGAACGUAUCGGGAUCAGCAAGGCAGAGAGUAUUCAGGACGCUGUGAAAGACAUCAAUCCUCAUGUCACAGUAGAACCACUUGUGGAGGCUUUGACGGCGUCCAAUGCGCUCUCCUACGUUGGCUCUCAUGACUUGACGCUAGAUUGUACGGACAAUCCCCUCACCCGCUACCUCAUCAAUGAUGCGGCAGUCUUGGCUGACAAGAUGGUGGUAUCUGGCGCUGGACAGAGCUACGAAGGUCAAAUCAUGACUCUGCAUCGCCAUUUGUCACCAGAAGGAAGGGGCCCAUGCUAUCGCUGCGUUUUUCCAUCCUCUCCCAAGCCGUCGGAGGUGACCAAUUGCGAAGACUCUGGCGUGCUGGGCACCGUCACUGGGCUUGUUGGAACCUUGCAAGCCAUGGAGACUAUCAAGCUCAUCGUCGGUCUGGGAGAUGCAGAAGAGCGACCAACGAUGCUUCUUGUCAGUCCCCUCAGCACUACUCCCUUCAGGACGGUCAAGAUUCGGCCGAGAAGAGAGGAUUGUGCCGUUUGUGGUGACAAGAGCAAUGGCGGCGGGCGGAUCACGUCGCUGGAAGAUGAGGACUAUGUCGCCUUUUGUGGGCUUGCGACCGCCGGUCAACAGCCACAGAAGGGUGAGCUAGGCAGAGAAGAGACAGCUAAGCAGCUUGCUCAGGCGAAGCGUGGACCGGACGUGCUCGUGGAUGUUCGGACGGAGGAAGAGUUUAGUAUCACCAAGCUGCAGGGCGCCACGAACGUCCCGUACUCUGACAUCCGCAGAGAUCCUUCGCAAGCCCUGUCUUCCAUUGAGACCCUGUUACGUGCCUCUCCUUCCAGCAGCCGGCAACUCGUACACCUCGUCUGCACAAGAGGCAAUGAUUCUCGUCUGGCUUCCUCUCUCCUGACAGCAGAGAACCGCAAGAGGCAGGGUCGUCAGAUCGACUUUGUCAAUGUCAAGGGAGGACUCAGAGCAUGGCAGCAAGAAGUCGACGAGGGCUUUCCCAAUUAUUGGGGUGGAAGUGGAUUCAAGGGCCCUGUUGUCAUCCCACAAGGCGAGACAAGACGGCGCAACCAGGUCGUCCCGACUUCUGUCCCAGCGGCAGAGCCCACUUUGAUUGCCUCCAGCAGCGCCAUCGCGCCUCAUCUCAACGGCAAGACUCGGCGACUGUCCCUGUCCAACGGUGAACAGGCCUCCUCCUCCUCCUCCUCCUCCUCCUCCUCCUCUUCUAUCUCAUCGACGUCGUCGUCUGAUGAAUCGGAAUUGAGUAUGAUUGCUCAUCUGGAGGACCAGAUUGAUCGCCUGGUCGCCGCUCGUACGCGGGUGAAGCUGGAGCAGUCCUUGGGUGCGAGCUUGCCAGAGCUGCCCAGCGCGUUGGCUGCUUUGUGGAGACUAGGUGAGUGA